CGUGAAAUUUUCUUUUUUCAGAUUUUGAGUGCACAAAACCAUCAAAAUGGACAUGGAUGAGAUGGAUGAAGGCCGAAAGAACAAAAUGCCGAAAGUGGCAAAGGUGAAGAACAAGAUGCCUGCCCCUGUGCAAAUCACAGCGGAGCAGCUCUUGAGAGAAGCCAAAGAAAGAGAACUAGAGAUGGUACCUCCUCCUCCAAAGCAGAAAAUAUCUGAUCCAGAUGAACUGGCUGCAUAUCGUUUAAGGAAACGAAAGGCUUAUGAGGACAGUCUUAGAAAGAAUCGGGGUCUGAUGACCAACUGGAUCAAAUAUGCUGGUUGGGAGGAAAGUCAAAAGGAAGUCCAGAGGGCAAGAUCUGUUUAUGAAAGAGCCCUUGAUGUGGACCACCGGAACAUCACCAUCUGGCUCAAGUAUGCUGAGAUGGAGAUGAAGGCUCGGCAGGUGAAUCAUGCCAGGAACAUCUGGGAUCGAGCAGUCACUAUACUCCCCAGGGCGAACCAGUUCUGGUACAAGUACACAUACAUGGAAGAAAUGCUUGGAAAUCUUGCAGGAGGAAGACAGGUCUUUGAACGCUGGAUGGAAUGGGAACCAGAGGAGCAGGCCUGGCAUUCCUAUAUCAACUUUGAGCUGCGAUACAAGGAGCUUGACAGAGCCCGUGAUAUCUACGAACGGUUUGUCCUUGUUCAUCCGGAGGUGAAGAAUUGGAUCAAAUAUGCCAAGUUUGAGGAAAAACACAACUACGUCAACAGUGCCAGAAUGAUUUAUGAGAGAGCUGUGGAAUUCUUUGGGGAGGACAACAUGGAUGAGAAACUUCUGAUUGCGUUUGCCAGAUUUGAAGAAGCACAGAAAGAGCACGACAGGACGCGGACAAUCUACAAGUACGCUCUUGACCACUUGCCCAAGGAGAAGUGUCAAGAGAUUUACAAGAGUUAUACCAUUCAUGAGAAGAAGUAUGGUGACAGAGCAGGAAUUGAGGAUGUCAUUGUCAGCAAGCGCAAGUUCCAGUAUGAAGAGGAGGUGAAAGCCAAUCCCAACAACUACGAUGCCUGGUUUGAUUACAUCCGCCUGAUGGAAAACGAUGGCGAUCCUGAACAAGUGCGAGAAGUUUAUGAGAGGGCUAUCGCUAAUGUGCCACCAGUCAAGGAAAAACGACACUGGCGGCGCUACAUCUACUUGUGGAUCAAUUACGCCCUCUAUGAAGAGUUAGAGAUGGAGGAUGAAGAAAGAACACGUCAAGUUUACCAAGCAUGCGUAGAACUUAUUCCACACAAAAAAUUCACGUUCGCCAAAAUCUGGUUGCAGUAUGCUCACUUUGAAGUGCGACACAAAAAUCUUACAAAAGCUCGGAAAAUUUUGGGUGCCUCCAUCGGAAAAUGUCCUAAGGACAAGCUGUUCAGAGGUUACAUUGACAUGGAGAUUCAGCUCCGAGAGUUUGAUCGAUGUCGGAUCCUCUACGAAAAAUUUGUGAUUUUUGGACCAGAGAAUUGCACCACAUGGAUGAAGUUUGCAGAGCUUGAGAUGAUUCUUGGUGAUUCCGACCGAGCAAGGAGCAUCUAUGAACUAGCCAUUAACCAGCCCAAGCUAGACAUGCCAGAAGUGCUGUGGAAGGCGUUCAUCGAUUUUGAAGUCGAGUUGGAGGAACAUGACAGAACGAGAGCCCUCUACAGAAGAUUACUUGACAGGACUCAUCAUGUCAAGGUUUGGGUCAGUUUCGGCCAAUUUGAACUCUCAACCGGAGCAGAGGAUUGCAUUGAAAAUUCACGCAAAAUAUACCAGGAGGCGAACAGAACAUUAAAAACGCAGGGAGAGAAGGAGGAGAGGCUUAUGUUACUCGAGGCAUGGAAAGAAUUUGAGUAUGAAUAUGGCGAUGAAGGAAGUAAGGUCAGGGUGGAUGGCCUCAUGCCAAAUAAGGUGAAGAAGAGGAGGAAGAUAGAGAAAGAUGAUGGGUCUGAUGCCGGUUGGGAAGAAUACUUCGACUAUAUCUUUCCUGAUGAUGAGGCUGCUCAACCGAACCUCAAACUCCUGGCGAUGGCCAAGAAAUGGAAAAAGCAGCAGGAGGAAAAGGAAGAGCAGGAGGAGGAAGAGGAAGAGGAGGAAGAGGAGGAGGGGACGGAUCAGGAGAAUACUGUACAAGGAGAGGAGGAAACUGCCAAGUCGUGACCAGAUGCGCUGUCCAACUUCAGAAAGGAUGAUGUAUGAUUAUGAAACUCUUGAGUAAAACAUGAACUCUGGCAAUCACUCAUCCAUUGAUGCAGUGUGUUCGCCAACUUUCAGGAAGGAGCUGCAUUUCAGUGAAAAUAUUUCUCUGGUCAACUGUGUGAAGUCUCACAUCAGAGUCAUGAUUGGAUGGGAUGUCUACUUCAGUAGAAAAGAUUUUAUCAUCAGUGCCCUCUCAUAGAGUUAUUACCAGAAGUGUUGUUUACUUGAAGAAUGUUUCACUGACUGUGCUGUUCAAGACCAGUUGUUUUGUCAACAUUCAGAAACACCAAUCAAAAUGAAUUUGAGUCGAAAUUUCACUUUGGUCAACUGUUUUGCUAAGUUUCACAAGCAUUAGUGUUCCGACUUUCAGAAAGAAUGAAUAAACUUAAAUGCUUUUCUAGCCAGCUGUAGUGUUUUGUGUCACAGUUCUUACCAGUAAUGAUAGAAGAUGGCAGAAAGGACCACUGAAACUCAAGUUGAACGAAAUUCCUUUGAUAAUAGUGUUAAUUGUCCAGUACUUCCGUCUGAAUAUCCAGGUAGAGUGCCAGUCCCUGGGACAAAGGCAAAAUUUAUGAUUCACAUUCUUAAAAAAAUACUGCCAUUGUUUCUGUACAAAAAGUCACUUUUAUAAAUAUACAUUUUAU